CGCGGCAGGGCGGCUCGGCCUGGGGAACUACAAAGCCCGGCGGCCCCGGCCGCUGGCAGAGACCGAUAAACUUUGAGCGGACCGAGAGGGAGAAAAUCUCUCUCUUUGUCUUGUGGGGGCUGUGGGGUGGUCGCCGAACUGGGGUCUGUGCGCAGGAAAAGGGAAGUGGAGUGUUUUUUCAGAAUUUCUCAGGAGCAAGUUUACAGAAUGAAAAAUGCUAUAUUCUGAUUUGUGUUUUUUAAUGUUCUGGAAUGCACCUUAGUCGUUAGAGUCAACCCAAGGCCUGGUGGCAAGGAAGCAGAUACAGAUUUAGAAAACCUUCCUUGCAACUUUGUCAGUAGGUCUCUGAAAGAAGAUGAAUUUGGCUGAGAUUUGUGACAAUGCAAAGAAAGGAAGAGAAUAUGCACUUCUUGGAAAUUAUGACUCAUCCAUGGUUUAUUACCAGGGGGUGAUACAGCAGAUUCAGAGACAUUGCCAGUCAGUCAGAGACCCAGCUAUCAAAGGCAAAUGGCAACAGGUUCGGCAGGAAUUGUUGGAAGAAUAUGAACAAGUUAAAAGUAUUGUCAGCACUUUAGAAAGUUUUAAAAUCGACAAGCCCCCAGAUUUCCCUGUGUCCUGUCACGAUGAACCAUUUAGAGAUCCUGCUGUUUGGCCACCACCUGUUCCCGCAGAACACAGAGCUCCACCUCAGAUCAGGCGUCCCAGUCGAGAAGUAAGACCUCUGAGGAAAGAAAUGGCAGGAGUAGGAGCCCGGGGACCCGUGGGCCGAACACAUCCUAUAUCAAAGAGUGAAAAACCUUCUGCAAGUAGGGACAAGGAUUAUAGAGCAAGAGGGAGAGAUGACAAGGGAAGGAAGAAUAUGCAAGAUGGUACAAGUGAUGGUGAAAUUCCAAAAUUUGAUGGUGCUGGAUAUGAUAAGGAUCUGAUAGAAGCCCUUGAGAGAGACAUUGUAUCCAGGAAUCCAAGCAUUCAUUGGGAUGACAUUGCAGAUCUCGAAGAAGCUAAGAAGUUGCUAAGGGAAGCUGUUGUUCUUCCCAUGUGGAUGCCUGACUUUUUCAAAGGAAUUAGACGGCCAUGGAAGGGUGUACUGAUGGUUGGACCCCCAGGCACUGGUAAGACUAUGCUAGCUAAAGCUGUAGCUACUGAAUGUGGUACAACAUUCUUCAACGUUUCCUCUUCUACACUGACAUCUAAAUAUAGAGGUGAAUCUGAGAAGUUAGUCCGUCUGUUGUUUGAAAUGGCUAGAUUUUAUGCCCCUACCACAAUCUUCAUUGAUGAAAUAGAUUCUAUCUGCAGUCGAAGAGGAACCUCUGAUGAACAUGAGGCAAGUCGCAGAGUCAAGUCUGAACUGCUCAUUCAGAUGGAUGGAGUUGGAGGAGCUUUAGAAAAUGAUGAUCCUUCCAAAAUGGUUAUGGUACUGGCAGCUACUAAUUUUCCAUGGGACAUUGAUGAAGCUUUGCGAAGGAGAUUAGAAAAAAGGAUAUAUAUACCACUCCCAACAGCGAAAGGAAGAGCUGAGCUUCUGAAGAUCAAUCUUCGUGAGGUAGAAAUAGAUCCUGAUAUCCAACUGGAAGAUAUAGCAGAGAAAAUUGAGGGCUAUUCUGGUGCUGACAUAACUAAUGUUUGCAGGGACGCCUCUUUAAUGGCAAUGAGACGACGUAUCAAUGGCUUAAGUCCAGAAGAGAUCCGUGCACUUUCUAAAGAGGAACUUCAGAUGCCUGUUACCAAAGGAGACUUUGAAUUGGCUCUAAAGAAAAUUGCUAAGUCUGUCUCUGCUGCAGACUUGGAGAAGUAUGAAAAAUGGAUGGUUGAAUUUGGAUCUGCUUGAAUUUCUGUCAGCUCUUUCAUUUCUGGUAUUAUUGUUUAUAAAAUGUGAAGAAAUUCCUGCAAUUUUUUUUAAAAAAACAGGUUUGGAAUUUUUCGUUGGAGAGAUUUUCACUUAAAGGGAAAAAAAUCUAAAACCACAAAGAAUACUAAAUGUAGUUGAGAAAUAAGAAAAGCUACAUAGAGAGCCUGAUGAUCCUGUCCCCCAGCCUUGUUCUGGUAUUCCACAUAUUCAUGCACUCAUUUUUGCACCCCAAACAGUCUGUCAGAGAGGAUGAAGAAAGUAAGCAGUAUGCUAUUUUAGGAACUUGUUUACAAGAGAUUUAGAAGGACCUCUAUUUCUCAGGUGUAUUGUCAGUUUUUUUUUUCUUCAGUUCUUUUGCUUUGUCAACUUGAGGGACCUAUCUAUAUAUGUUGGGUUUUUUAACAUCAAACCUGGGUUUUGUGUCAAAUUCAUUAUUUGUUGUUAAGAGAAGAAUGACAGUAUAUUUUGGAGGAAAUGAAUUUGCGAGUUAAACCUUUAGAAUUCAAUUAUUACUAUUAGAGUCUACCAUGUGGUUAGAAUUUUUACUCCUCCCUCCCGCUACCAUUUCUUCUAUUAGCUGUUUAAUCAUUUUUUGAGCUUUUAUUGAGGAAUAUCCUCAUGCUCUGUAGUUUCUGAAUCAUUUUUCCAGGUUGUUUCUCUGGUCUUUAGUAUUUUUUUGCUGGUGCUUCUUAUAUUUCGUAUUGGAAAGGUAGGAAGACUAUUAUGAUUGCAUUAGAUUCACUUCUUUCUUCUGGACUUCUAAGUUUGUUUUCACUUUUCUUUCAAUAUGUUCAAACAGAUACAACCAUUAUUUUUCUUAUCUCCAGCAUGGUUUAAAUUUUAUGGAAUUUGGCUUUAGUAUUUGAGGUAAAUACUUUGGUAUUCUAAACAAGUCCACUCUCUUGUGGCUAAUGCAAAACAAACAAAAUCUUUACAGUUUUCCAGACAGCUUGUUUAACAAAACGGCAUUGAAAGUAAUAAAUGAUGUUCAUUCAAAAAUUUUAAAAUUCUUCCUUGUCUACGCUGAGAACUUGCACACACAGUAAGAUUAGGAUAGAAAUCUGGCAGGCUUACUCAGUUCAGCAGGUAUUAGACAAUAGAAGGAAGCCACAAAAAGUAAAUGGCAUGUAUCUAAUCAUAAAUGAAGUAUCCUAGUGUUAGUUUUUAUAAUUACAUUUGUCCUGUUUUAAUUAUUAGGCAAUCUAUGUUGUAAUGGUUAAACUUUUUAAAAUUUAUGUUUGAUGAUAUCUUGAAUUCUCAAUUUUGGAUAGCACCUACUGGUUUAAAACUAAAAAUAGCAUAACAUUUUAGGCAUUAAAAAAAAAAAACCACCUCUUAGCAGCUUGCUUAAGAGAUUUUAUUAUUUUUUCCCUACUAAGAACUACAGAUACCUUAUGUUCUUUUUAGAUAACUUGAGUCUGAGUCUAUUUAAACUUCAGUAUUUAUUUGAUGCUAUAAAUUGCCCUCUUUCCUGAGACACAGAUUAUAAGACUUGAAAUCAUAAGGCAUAAUAAUUUUAUUGUAAUUGAAUUAAUUCAUCUUAAAUAUUGAAAUGAAAGGUUUUCUUUUAUUUAUGAAUUUUAAAAAUAAAUCAAUAAAUAAACCCACUAAGAUUAUCUUGCAAACUAUUGCCAUCCAGUAAUGUAUUUCUUUUUCCUGAAGUCUUAGGGACAAUUGCUAAAAUAUUGGUUUGUGAUUGUUAAAACUUGUUUUUAAUACUUUAAUUGAUUGUUAGACCUUUUCUGGGUUUUGUGUUUAUUUAUCUUGGCAUGCAUUUAAUUUUUUUCUGAAUUAUUUACAAAUAAUGACAUGGUAAUUGUGAUUCUUUCAUUGCCAGUUUAGCAACAUUUGGAAACUCAAACUUUCUAUAAGCUUACCUUUACUAUACUCAGUUGAGUCAGGUAUGUUUUUUUAUUUCCCUAUUUUCUCAUUUUGCUGUAUCAGUGGAUGGCAAAUGCUUUGUAUAUCUUAACACAUUGACUGCCACACUAGAAAUUUUUUUUUCCUUUGGGGCCACAUUGUUUUAUUAUGAAAACAGAAUAAA